CUUUCUCUGCUUUUGUCCGGUGAAAAGAAAAAACAUAACAACGAGUUUCGUGUUUCACUUAGAUCUUGUUUUCAUUUUUCUCUCUCUAUACUGAUUUUGAGAAAAAAGGAGAAAAAAAACUUGGAAGGGAAUGCAGAGAGAUGGUCGGAGAUUCGCCGGUGAAGACUAAGCUGUGUGAUCGGUUUAACCGAUCUGUCGGCGGCAGAAACAGCCACCGGAAACACGUUGAGGACGGGUGAUUAGUUUCUAAACACCAAAGAUCCAAAGCUUAAAUCUUUUUUUUUUCCCUUUUUUUUUUGGUUAAAAAACAAUGGUCGGAGCUAAACCGGUGAAAACGAUGGAGAAAGGAUCUGACGGUGCGGGGCUCCUCCACGGCCGUUACGAGCUAGGUCGUCUCCUAGGGCACGGAACGUUCGCGAAAGUGUACCACGCACGUAACGUAACAACGGGAAAAAGCAUGGCCAUGAAAGUCGUGGCCAAAGAGAAGGUCAUAAAGGUAGGCAUGGUGGAGCAGAUCAAGCGAGAGAUCUCAGUGAUGAGCAUGGUGAAGCAUCCCAACAUCGUCGAGCUUCACGAGGUCAUGGCCAGCAAAUCCAAGAUCUACUUCGCCAUGGAGCUAGUCCGCGGCGGCGAGCUAUUCGCCAAAAUCUCCAAAGGAAGGCUACGCGAGGACGUGGCGCGCGUGUACUUCCAGCAACUAAUCUCCGCCGUCGAUUUUUGCCAUAGCCGCGGUGUUUACCACCGUGAUCUUAAGCCGGAGAAUCUGUUGCUUGACGAAGAAGGCAACCUUAAGGUCACUGACUUUGGUCUCUCUGCUUUGACUGAGCAUUUGAAGCAAGACGGGCUUUUCCACACGACGUGUGGAACUCCGGCGUACGUUGCGCCGGAGGUUAUACUGAAGAAGGGAUACGACGGAGCUAAGGCGGAUCUGUGGUCGUGCGGUGUGAUCCUCUUCGUGCUUCUCGCUGGGUACUUACCGUUUCAAGAUGAUAAUCUUGUGAACAUGUAUAGGAAGAUUUAUAGAGGAGACUUCAAGUGCCCUGGAUGGCUUUCUUCCGAUGCAAGAAAGCUCGUGACGAAGCUUCUGGAUCCGAAUCCGAAUACCCGAAUCACUAUCGAUAAGGUUAUGGACUCGGCUUGGUUCAAGAAACACUCAACGAGAUCCAAGAACGAGGCUGAGGAUCUUGAUAUCUCUGUUCAUAAGUCCAAGGAAGAGACUGAAACGCUAAACGCGUUUCACAUCAUCGCGUUGUCUGAAGGGUUUGAUCUCUCACCGUUGUUUGAGGAGAAGAAGAAAGAGGAGAAGAGAGAGAUGAGAUUCGCGACUUCUCGUCCCGCGAGUAGUGUCAUCUCGAGUCUUGAGGAAGCUGCGAGAGUUGGGGACAAGUUUGAUGUGAGGAAGAGUGAGAGUAGAGUGAGGAUUGAAGGGAAACAGAAUGGUCGGAAAGGGAAGUUGGCAGUGGAGGCGGAGAUAUUCGCGGUGGCUCCGUCGUUUGUUGUCGUGGAGGUGAAGAAAGAUCAUGGAGAUACUCUUGAGUACAAUAACUUUUGCAGUACGGCUCUUAGACCAGCCCUCAAAGACAUUUUCUGGACUUCAACACCUGUUUGAAUCUUUGAUUGUUUAAGUUCCUGAAAAAAAGUAUUGUUGGAUUCUAGAUUUGGUUCGUGAUUCUUGUUCUUGAUUCUUGAAUCGUCUGGAUCGUGUAUAAAGGUUUGUGUCUUUUGAUUAUUUGUAUGUUCUGUCUCGUUGUUGUCGAUAUGUUGCUUCACGAAGCAGAGACUGUUGUGUGUGUGUGUUCGUGUUGUUCAGAAUGAUGUCUUAAAGAUUCCAUAUCAACAAA